CGUUAACAGGAUCAAAGCGAAGUGACCCAGCACAUUAACCUGUGACAUGAAUGAGGUCGGAAUGAAUUAAGUCUCCGCGUCGUUUAAUUAGAAUGGCUAAACUUCCAGGGAACGCCGGCGUGUCGGUGCUAGGCGACAAGUCGGUGGAGUUUUACCGGAACCCGGUGAGUUUCUGCCGGCAGGAGAUGGACAAACACCGGAGCCGAGUGUUCCUGAGCCGCUUGCUGAACAGACCCACCGCCUAUAUCGGCUCCGUACAGGCAUCCCGGGAGCUGCUGGGCGAGAAGUCCAAUGUGUUUCUUAAGGAUCCAACGGAUUUGAUGACCAACGUGUAUGGUAACACACUCGUGACCACCAACGGGGAAGAGGCGUGUCUCCUCCGUCUGUCUCUCAACAGUCUGUUGACAGGGAGUUGUUUGGGGUCAUGGAGUGAUUAUAUCUCCAGUGUGUGCGAGCGCUGUCUGAAGGAUCUCACUCUCAGCGGUCAGCCCUGUUGUCUAUUCUAUUUUAAGAGUCUGGGAACAGAGUUGGUAUUGGGCCUGUUUCUGAAUGUACGAGCAGAGGAGCAGCCUGAAGUAUACCAGGAAAUCACACAGCUCUGUACCCGGCACUGGCACGGUCUUACGUCUGCUCCGGUGAGCGUGAAGGUUCCUAUGUGGUCGUCAGGUUUCUGCGCCGCGAUGGACGCUCGAGCCAAACUGAUGAAAAUCAUCAAAGACAAACUGGAGAAUGAUACAAAUGGGGACAAGUACCAUGCUGCAGGAGGACCUGAUUCAAACAGGUCUUCUGUGUCCACUGGAGUGAUCAAGGACUUUUUUUUUGGCUCAGUCUCAGGGGUGGAGACCCGUCACCAUGCGAUAUCAGACCCUGAUUAUUUGCACAGAGUGCUGCUGGAGGUGCAGAGGCUCUGGCCUCCUUUCAUUGGUGGAUGCAGAAUUGCUGGUCAGGACUCCACACUCGCAGGAUUCCACAUCCCGAAGGAUUACGGCCUUGUCUACAUCAGCCACGCUGUCCACCGUGAUCCAGAGGUCUUCCAGCACCCGGACACAUUCCUGCCUGAGAGAUGGAUGGGAAGGAACGCAGGUCAGGAGCAUUUUCUGUGUUCUUUCGGCAGUGGCCCAAGGAGCUGCAUUGGAGCUAAACUUACUGAUGUCUUCCUCAAGGAAGCGUGCACGUACCUGUUAAAGCACUAUGACUGGCGCCUGGACCCACAGGACCUGGAGUACAAAUGGCUGCCCGUGUCCCACCCCAUCAACCCCCCCACCGUCUCCUUCGCCCGACUGGAUCAGACCGUCCAUGACGGGAAAGACACCAACUAAGAGAUGCAGCCGAUGGUAAAAUUAAAGAUUUACAUUUGAGCACAAACAGUAACACACAUGUCCAGAUUGUGAAGACAAAUCUGUAAAAUGUCUGCCAGAAACGAGUGAACUGUGAGAAUUUUCACAGCAGAUUAUAAUCCAGUCAUCCAGGAGAGAGCAGACAGCUGGUUUUACUGUCAUUUCCAAUGGAAGGCCAAGUAAAUGACUCAUUGUGAGUCUCAUUGUUUUCUGACACAGCCUUUUUUUGUGUGUGUUUUUAAUGAGCCCUUUUCAGUUUGACUGUAGUUGUUGCUUUUAUAGUUUUAAAUGUCUCACAGCUCAGUUGUUUGAAGGGGUCGGGGGGGGGGGGUGAGUAUUUAGUGGUGCACGAAAUAUGAAAGUGCUUUUUAAAGUAAAUGUCAAGUCCCUAUUAUGUACAUGUUGACACAAAAACUAGACCAAACUGUAGUUAGUUUUAGCACUCAGCAAUAUGGCAAAAUAUCAAUUUAUUUAUAUUGAUCACAGUAUAGAGUUUUGUAAUUCUGCCAGUUUGAAGAAUCUCCUUAGACAAUUUUAUGAAGUUAUUGUAAUUUAAUUAUAUUGCAUUGCAUUUUGGGAAGCACUUUGUCUAUAUGGUUAGAAGAUGCUAUAGAGAUAUAUAUUUCUUUGGCUGUUAUUGUGAAAGGUCAGGACAAAAGGUGUGUAUCUUUCCCACUGCAGGUUGCUUAACAGUGAAUUCAGUGCAACACAGCUUUGCUAGUCGUGACGUGUUGUAUUUGAUGCGUCAUAGCUGACGUGUCUUUUCUUUGUCAUUCUGCUGUAGGUAUCAGAGGUACUAUAAUUAAUUCACCGUUACAUACAUUUGUCAAUUUCCUCAGCUUUAGAGGAUUAUGAGAGUUCACUUUCAAAGCCGUUUCUGUGCCUUUCAACAAUUCCACAACAGUUCUCACCCUCAGUGCGGGUUCAACCUUAAGCCACCUUGACACUUGCACGAAUUUGAUUCCCACACUGGCAGGCAAUCUUUCGUGCCAGUUGAGUAAACUCAUCGUAAACUGUUGUAAAUUGUGCGAGGUCCUGUGUGUAAUGACACACAGUGUUUGCAAAUAGGUUGCACAAUGUUCACGACUAGUUCACGCAAGUGGCACAAAAUUUAUGUGUGCCAGAAAUUUUUAACAUUUCAAAAUGUUCUUUGUGCACUGGCACACAGCCUCGCACAGUUUACAAGUUUACUCACUGGCACGCACGACUGCAUGCCAGUGUGGGAAUCAAAUUUGUGCAAGUGUCAAAGUGGCUUGUGACAUCCAGGUGACUACAGACAUGAAUGAUUGAUGGCUGAGUUAGAAUGUUGAACAUUUAAAUGUUUGUAACAUUCACAAAACGUCACAGUUGAACCGGAACAACCUGAUAUCAGGUUAGGAAGUCCUGUAUUCUGCUGGCAGACUCAGCAAUCCAUUCCUGACCAGAGUUCCUGUCGGAUUGGCUUAAUUUAGUGUCACGUCAUCUUGUGGGCAGAAUAGAAAAACUACGCAGCUAACAUACUCAAAC